AUGACCAAGGAAUCCGAAGAUUUGGAGCGGGAGAAAGAAACGCUUCGCGAGCGUACCAUGCUAAGGGUUUAUUACGCCGCAAAGGAAGGUUUCUGCACGCAACUGUUGGCUUUGCUGGGCGAGAUAAAGGAUGACGAAGAAAGGCGUGCCGUUGUAAAUCAGGAAUUCUUUGAAGAAGAGCAUCAGAUCUUUACACCCCUGAUCGUAGCAACGCUCAAUGGCCAUUUGGAAGUGGUUCACAUUCUUCUUGAGCUGGCCGAACCAGAUAUGGAGAAGGAGGGUUGCGUGAAGGUACACGGUGAGCUAACGGACGGUGCCACGGCGCUCUGGGUAGCGGCCGCUGUUGGCCGUCUCAACAUCGUCAAAAUGUUGCUCCAGCACGGUGCCCAGGUGGAUCACUGUACGAAGAAGGGUUCGACUCCUUUGCGAGCCGCCUGCUACGAAGGUCGCCUAGAUGCGGUGCAGUAUCUUGUCGAACACAAUGCGAACGUGUGCACGGUGAACAUGUUUAACAAUACCUGUGUCAUGAUCGCUGCCUACAAGAACUACACCGAUGUGCUGCAGUAUCUGCUGGAGAAGGGGGCGCAGGUGAACGAACAGGCACAGUGUGGUGCAUCGGCUCUGUACUAUGCGGCUGAAUGUGGCCACGUGGAAGUGUGUGAAAUAUUACUAGAUCAUGGAGCACUAUUGAUGAGGAACGCGUUCGGUCUAACGCCGGCUCUUGCGGCUGCUGAGAGAACCCGAGAGGCUGUUGUGGAGGUAUUCCUUCAACGACCCGGUCUACUCUCCAAGGAAGAACGCAUCGAGGUGAUGGAAUUGUUGGGAGCAUCGUAUGCGAACGACAAGGAUAAUUACAACUUAGGCAAAGCCUUCCACUAUCUUCUUGCGGCAAUGGAACUGAGAUACGAAGAUCCGGAAAACAUUAUUCGAAAGCCAACCUUUGAACCGAUAGCAGCGUAUGAACACUGGCUCGAAUGUCAGACAUUGCAGGACCUGCUCGCGAUCCGCUACAAUCACAACUCGUUGCACAUGGAGUCACUUACCAUACGGGAGCGCAUUCUCGGCAACCACUGCCCAGAGGUAGCCCAUGCGAUUAUCUAUCGUGGUGCAAUCUGUGCCGAUAAUGGGCGGUUCGAUCGGUGCGAAAGCCUUUGGCUGCACGCGUUGCGCCUUCGCCAGCAGAACGGUCUACAGGUGCAACGUGAUCUGCUUCGAUUCAUGAAACUCUUCUCGCAAGAGUUUCUGAUCAACGAAACGAUACGGUUCGACAGUGUGAUUGCUGUGCUUGGUGCCUGUAUCGAUGAGCUCCGGUACAAUCAGCAAAAGUUGGCAAAUCCUGGCCCUCGGGACGAUCUGGAAACUAUUGCGGAUAAUUACGAGACAAACAUCGUGACGGUGCUGUACUUGAUCACAAUCAUUACGAAGCUGCUGCAGCGGGAGCAGUUCGUGCGGACGGAAGAGCAGAUGCUGCAGGUGUAUCAGAUGGUGUACCAGCUCAACAUGAUGGUGGUGCGAUUGCGUGACGAUCAAACGUUGCUGCAUCUGGCUGUGAACGGUGUAACGCCGGUGGAUGAAUUUCUUACCGAUGAAGUUUGCAGAUUCCCGUGCGUUGAUACCGUCAAGCUACUUCUCAAAUGUGGUGCCCCAGUGGAUGUGGUUGACAGUGAUCGAAACACGCCUUUACACACGCUAACUUCAACUCUUCAAACGACUGUGCUACGGAUGGCGGACAGUAACGUGAAAUCGGUGGUAAAAGAAAUAACAGAAAUUUUCAUUGACGCCGGCAUACAUCUCGAUGCGGUCAAUGCGGACGGGUUGAAAGCUUCACAGGUUUGUGUUCAAAGCUGUGUAGCAGCGUUUAUCAAAAGCUACGAAACACGUGCCAUCAAUCUGCGUUGCCUUGCCGCCCGAGUGAUCGCCCAGCAUCGAAUCCCAUACCGAAAGUUAAUACCACGUCAUCUAGAAGCGUUUGUGCAGCUGCACUGUACACGUAAGAGCUAG